UAAAGCCAUCUGGGCCUGGAGCUUUGUGUGGCUUGAGGUUAUUGAGGACCAUAUCUAUUUCCUCUGGGGUGAUAGGACUGUCCAUGAAUUCCUGUUCCUCAUCCGUUAAGGUAUGUAUCCCAAGACACCUGAUGCGCUACUUCUGGAAGAUGGAGGGGCAAUACCCGGCCAUGGCCUGGUCGAUCAUGGAGCUGCUCUUCCCAUCAGCCGGUAUGGUGUUGAAGUUCCUUGCCACCCAGAAUGCAGUGGCCCUCCAAGGCUAGACAUACCCAGCUGCUUCAACCGUUCCUCCUAAGACUUGGUUUCUAGACCCUUGAUCAUCUUGAUUGCCCAUCUUGGCACAGGUUCCAGCUAGACACUAGAUGGCGAGGGUAUGUAUCCCAAGACACCUGAUGCGCUACUUCUGGAAGAUGGAGGGGCAAUAACCGGCCAUGGCCUGGUCGAUCAUGGAGCUGCUCUUCCCAUCAGCCGGUAUGGUGUUGAAGUUCCUUGCCACCCAGAAUGCAGUGGCCCUCCAAGUAUAGCAUCUUGACAUUAGAGGUGAAAGAGGCAGAGACACUACAUGAAAUUCUGUCACGAGCUCGUUGGACUUUUUAAAAGAGCUGGGACAUGUGAAAGAAGCCGAAGCUGCAAAGAACUAUGAAUUUCCUUUCCCCUAAUGACCAUCUCCCAAGGAAUGAUUCUAAUGGAUCAACUUGUGAAAUCCAAGAUGGCUUUCUUGCAGGGACUCUGCCUGUGAUGUACUCAGUCAUCUCCACAUUUGGUUUCUUCAGCAACAUGCUGGCCCUCUGGGUGUUCCAGUUUGGCACACAGAAGACAAACUCCAUCACGGUGUACAUGAAGAACCUUGCCAUCUCAGACCUCUUGCUUGCCCUCUGCCUGCCCUUCCGGGCUGCUUAUCAAAAUGAGAGUGGCUCUCCCAUCCUGUGCAAAGUGGUUGGCACAGUCUUCUAUAUCACCAUGUACAUCAGCAUCCUGCUCCUCAGCCUUAUGUGCCUGGACCGCUACCUGAAGAUCAUCUGGCCCCUCCAGCAGUUCCGGAUCCACAAAGUACCUCACAGCACUUCUGCCUCCAGAGUGGUAUGGCUGCUCUGCAUUGCCCUAAUGAUGCCAUACUUUUUCAACAAGGGCAACAGCAACGACCCCUGCAGCCACAAAUGCUUCCACUUCAAGAAGAGAGGAGCUCUGGCAGCAGUGCUCAACAUGACAGCAGUGCUCCUUUUCUUCUUCCUAUUGCUGUUUUUCCUUUACUCUUACUGCAAAAUCUCUCUUAAGCUCCACACAGCAUCCUUAAGGAAAAGUAAGUGGGUUAGCAGCAGAGCCACUCUGAAGAUCUCUGUGGUCCUGCUUGUCUUCACAAUAUGCUUUGCCCCCUACCACGUGGUCCGAGUGCCUUACAUCUUUGCCCAGGUAGGGGUCAUUUCUGCUGCAGAGAGUGUUCAGGCCCUCCACUUUGCCAAUGAAGUUGUCCUUUGCAUCUCAGCCCUCAACUGCUGCUUCGACCCCAUUAUUUUCUUUUUUCUGUCCAGCAAUUUCAAGAGGGCUCUGCUGGCAGCCACCCAUGGGAAACUGAAAAGAGCUCUUCAGAAGAACCCAGACAUGUCAGGCAACAGAAAAUCCACCACAGACCCCAGAAUGCAGGAGAGCUGAGGUACAGGAUGAGCGACUGGUUGUUGGGCAGUAUGGAAGAUAUGCAGCAAAUAUGUACCACAUUUCAAGGAAGCCAGACGCUAGGCUAGGGAGUGGACAUAUAUGCACAAUCCAAACAGGGGUGCAGAAACCUCUUCUAUGUGGCUGGAAUGCAUCCCAUUGUUCAAAGGUAGGAGUCACAUCCAUUGCUCCUUCUGCUUUUGCCUAUAACCCCAGCCAUCUCUGGUUUGUGGUUCCAUGAGAGAAUGCAGCCCUCAGGCUGAAAACGGCUCCCUGUCCCAAAUUCAAGCAACUGAGUCCUAUUACCAUGACUCUUUGUUUUCAUAUAGAUUCAGUAAUACCUUCCUUGGCUGGUGGCUUGUUUUUAAUUGGUUUUAAAUCUUGCCCUACAAUGAAAACGUUGCAUUUUUCUUUAAGACGUUGUUGUGGUGGUGGUAGGAUCGAAGACCCAGUGCUGAAAUUGUAUGCUUAGUUACACCACACUCACAGGUUCAACAGUACAUUCUAGGACCAGAGGCAGUUUUAGGGUAGCGCUAAUGCACUGUAUGCUGCAUUGCAAGGGGUGCCACAAAAAUGCUGCAGAAUAGAGCGCAAGAAGAGCCCCCCCACCCAGUUUGUCUCACACAGGGCGCCACUGAAAGUUGAGAGCCCAAAGUCCGCCACUGCCAGGAUGUAUACAGAAAAAGCAGCAGCUACGGGUGCUGAAGCAUAAAAUGGUCAGUUACACUUGCAUGUAUCAUAGGGUGGAAGCAUGACUGGGUCACACUAAAAGUUCAUAGUUUGGAAACCACUUUUUAUCUGUUUUCCUCAAUGGUUUCCCUAUGAAUUUGCCUGGCCUGGAGAACUCCAGCCUUAACAGAGCAACAGUAUUUAUAGUUCUGCCAAUGCUUUACUAUUCAACUAGCCUCUCUCCCUCCCACACUGAGAUUCCAGUGCCUUUUUUGUUUCCACAAACUUUUAACUUGUUUGAUUUUAUAGUUUUAACUGACCUUUGUUUGUUUUUUGUCCUCCAAACUGUUGAAAGACUAUUGUAAUUAAGCAGUAUAUGCAUUGUUUAAUUAAAUAUAUAAAUAAAAGACUGCAUAAUCAGAGAAAUGUAAAUUUAUGGAUCAUUUACCUUAUUUCUGCAAUUAAACAGGCAUUUCUUUCAGUUUAUAUAUUUUAUAAUUACUUCAUAUGGGAUUACAUAUUUUUUAUUCUUCAAAGUAACAAGGAGCAAGUUUUAUUUAUUUUAAAAAAUAUUUUUAUUUAUUUUUAACAUAUAUAUAACAUAUUUAUUUAGUAUAUUAAUAGCUGCACAGAGCUUCUCGACUUCCCUCCAUCCCAUUGUCUGGUUUUUUAAUAUCUAUUUCAUAUUCACACACAUUUGUAUCGUCUCCAUUCUACCUUUUUCCUUAGAUAUUUUAAACUUUAAACAUCAGUAGAUAGGUCCAUCUGUCUGACGAUACAAGAUUAAUCUCAGUCCUGCUAGUGUCUUUAGAUAUUUACAAUGAUUGUCUAUAUAUUGAAUAAAUUUACUCCAGUCACUCUAGAACGUUUGGUUGCUCUGGUUUCAGAUUUUUACCGUCAACUUUGCUAGUUCUGCAUAGUCCAUCAUCUUAGUCUGCCAUUCUUCUAUCAUUGGUAAUUCUUGUUGUUUCCAUUUUGGGGCCAGUAAAGUCCUAGCUGCCAUUGUGGCAUACAUAAAGAGUCUCUUAUCUACCUUUGAAAUUUCUUCUCCUGUCAUACCUAACAAGAACGCUUCAGGGUUUGUACUCUCUUUCAGCCUCAGCCCUCUGCCGAUCUAUGCAUUUGGUGUUUUGAAUAAGAAUAGCUUGCCUUCACUGUGGCGUUUCUGGUCAUAUUUUGAAACCAGAAUUUUCUGCAUCUCUCUCUCUCUCUCUGCUAAUAAAAAAAGUGGCAUUUCUUUUCAGAGCA